AUGAACUCUCCCGCCGCGCCGUUCUCCAGCCACCAGGCCAUCAUGAAGUGCCCCUGGCAGUGGCGCCAGCCCUUCCUGGACGAGAAGCGCGAGAGCCGCAAGCGCAAGGUCGGCGACGGCUACUUCUACGACCCCGUGGACCCCAGCUUCGUGGACCACCUGCUGCCCGGCUACGCCAAGAAGUUCUGCGGCGCCGACGUGCUCGAGUCGGACGAGAAGGAGAACAUCCAGCGCGAGAUCGAGCGCCUCAUGACCAAGAAGGACGGCGCGCUCGCGGACGACGACGCCGCCACCUCGGGCGACGAGGACGACUUCGACGUGAGCCGCGAGAACCAGGCGCUGGUUGACAGCAUCCUGCUCAUGUCCAAGUCCGUCGAGGCCUCGUCGCUCACGCUGGUGGCGUCGCCCAAGAGCGUGGCGUCCUCGUCGCCCUCCUCCGACGAGGGCAGCGACGACGACGAGCUCGCCACGGACAGCAGCAGCAGCGUCGAGGACUCGUUCGACCUCGCCGAAGACCGACCGGCCAAGCUGAUCGCGCACCGCAGCUCCUCGCUCGAGCUCGUGUCCGACAACCUGCAGGAGGCCUACUUCGCCGUGGAAGACAACGAGUUGCUCGACUUCCAGGCGGCCUCCGGUGCCAGCGUGGUGGACACGGACUGA